AUGGUUAGAUCUGUGCUAUGGUGUGUGGCAGUGAUGGGUGCAAUUGCUAGCACAAACUACGAAGAGUUGGGUGCUUAUCGUGCAGGGAUGCGUUUGCAGAGUACGGACGGUUCGGAUGUGAACAGCAGAGAAGUGUUUGAUAGCAAAGAAGAAGUGGGCAAUCGAAUCUUUCAUCAAGAUGGAUGCAGUUGCUGGGCAGAUUUGAAAUGGAGAGCUGAUCGCUACGCACAAGAAAAUAUGUUAGUUGAUCACGACCAGGUAGAAGGGUCAGAUUGCUACGAUAUCGUGAUGAACGUGCCAUCUUACGAUCCAAUCCAACAGAGAUUCGAAAGGGCCUUAGCUCGGCCGCAAAAUAUGCGGUGCAUGGCGUUUCCGUGUGCUCGAUGCGGAACAUAUGAAUGUGAGAAUGUGAAAGUGCCUGAUCUGCCACAGCAGAGCGGUUUCAGCGUUGAUUCUUCUCACGAACCAAUCGGUGAUCUUGGACUGAAGGAGAACAGAGCUGGCGCUUUGAAUUGGCACCACGCACAAGCAGCAAAUGGCACACCAUCUGCGUUGCAGGACUGCCUUGGCACAUGCAGGCGCCGUUAUUCCACGAAAAACAGGUAUUUGAUUGGUAACGUACCGCCAAAGAUAGCUGCUCAUACGGACCAAGAUGCACGUACAAGCGUGCCUGCUGCGGACACGCAUAACUCAAGAAUACGAGGUGCUGCAAGGUCCGCGAUGAUUGGCAAAGUUUCGAAGGUCAUGGAAAGCACUUCUCCAGAAAUAGUUCGAUGCGUAUCAACGGUGAGUUCUGGCCCUGUAUCAGCAGAAAACGAUGAUUCUGCACCAACAGGAUUGUCAAACACACGUUCAAACUGCUUCUUCAAUGCUUUGAUUCAGAUGCUGUUCGCAAGCCCAAGUUUCGUGCAGUUUAUCAUGCUGGACUGUCUAAGGCACAUCCGGUGCAUAGAACUGCUCAGAACAAUCCGCGAACUGAUGGAACAAAACGAGAAAAACAUUUUGGACCAGUACAUCGCAUUAUGUGAGGUAUCGGAGAAGCUGCGUCCCUAUGGCAACGUCUUUGCGGUUGAACAGCACGAUGCAGCAGAAUUUUUGAUGGAUUUGCUGGAAGAAAUACGGGGCUCAGCCGAAUUGCACUCGAUCCAUGUCGAGUGUCCGUUCAUUUUUGCCAUGGAAGAAAUCGCGGUGUGCGCCAUUUGCGGCAGGCCUGCAGCAGUGGUGCACACCGAGUGCAAUUGCAUGUUAAACGUAGAACCUGGAACAUCGGUAAACAUUCAACUUGCCUUGUCCGAUAGUUUUGAGAAAGACGUGAGAGGACUAACGGUUGUACGGUGCACACACGUUUACCAACCAGCAAAUGCUGAUAUCACGCUCAUGAGAUGUGCUUCCGGUCCUCAGAUCAUCGUACUGCGCAUUGAGCGCACUAUUUUUGAUUCAGAACGGCGUGUCACGAAAAAGAACACGGCAGGGACCGACAUCGAUGUAGACAUACGGAUCAAUUCGCGGUGCUACACCCUUCUGUCAUUUAUAAUGCACUAUGGAGGGGCUGAUGCAGGACAUUUCGUGGCGGUAGUUAAAAAGGACAGCAAAUGGUACGGUGCAAACGAUGAAAGUGUUUAUCGAAUACAUGACGUGUAUCCUCUCCUGAAAGGGAGUGGUCAUGCCUAUCUGCUAUUGUACCAAAGAAAUGGUUAGGAGCGUUCUAGAAGUUGCCAUCUCUUCAUAGCACAUGAAAUGAAUUGCUGUUGGGGCCAAGGUCGCUGUGGGGCCAAGGUCGCUUUUGCGGCCGGUCCCAGCAGACGAGAAAGACCCGCUCAGGCACCGUUGUAUGAGGAGAUAAGUAAACGUACUUUUCGUAAAAAGUAAGCUGUCCCUGUGCGAAGUGCCCUGUUACUCCAUGAAGGGGUCGCUUUGCUUAGGUCUGGUCAUCGGAACUGUACGGUAAGAAUAUGUUGCCCCAUUUAUUAUGGGAACACGGUUAGGGUUAGAGGACAAUUCAGCACAAACACACACAUUUUAUGCUUAGAGUGCAGAACCGAACAAUUGCGCUGCUCGAAUGGCACUAAAAACGCUGCAGAGCAUUUACAGAGUUACCGUACCGUUCAACAAAGUUGAUGAUUGCAGUCACCGCACAGGCUCUCCAACUGCUAGCAA